UGAACACAAGUGUCGGUGCGGUGUCGGCGUAUAAAUAAAUUACGGCCAAUUUAAAAUGCCAUCUAAUUGGAUUUCGUAUUCCAAUGCAGUUUAAGUGCUAUAAUAACACGGUAAUGCCGAUGAGCUAGAGCAAAGGAAGAUAUGGUAAAAGACUAAAGUUCAGAGAGCGGUUGAUAAGUCAAAAGGACACACACACCAGACAUCGUAAGCCCGAAGACAUCAGUGGGCCGAGCGGGCAGUGACGAUCGCGGGACACCAGGCCGAGGAAGCGGGAUCAGGAAGAAUCGGAACCGGAAACGGAACCGGAAACGGAACCGGAAACGGAACCAGAAACGGAACCAGCCUCCAAUCCUCCGAAGCGCCGAAACUCCGAAGCUCCGAACUCAAGUACUCCAAUCCUCCAACACUCCAGUCCAGUCCAGUCCACCAACCUCCAGUAAUCACCAGCAACAGAUUAUCGGACUCGCGAGCUAAAUGUCCACUUGCCGCUAUCGUUCCAUACGGACGGCGUGUCACUCCCGACAAAUGCGUAUUGUGGUUGACCUUGUUUAAUAUAAUUAUGGCCGAGCGGUCGUUACAAAAGUAUCAGAAAUUGGAUACAGUGACGGUUGGAAGCGGCUCAGGAAGUAGUGCAAGCAGAGCAUCAACAGGACUCCUUAGGCGGGGGGCACUUGGGUCGAAAGGGAGCCCAUCGCUUAGCUGAUAGAAUGGGUGGCCCGAAAAAAGAGGAAAACCCACCAGGUGGUGGUCCGACGUCAUUGUUUAUUCUAACCGAGGAUAACCCAAUUAGAAAGUACACACGAUUCAUCAUAGAAUGGCCGCCCUUUGAAUACGCUGUGUUAUUGACAAUCAUAGCCAACUGUGUUGUGUUGGCGCUAGAGGAGCACUUGCCGGGGGGCGACAAGACAGUAUUGGCUCAAAAAUUGGAAAAAACGGAGGCCUAUUUUUUAUGCAUUUUCUGUGUAGAAGCGUCGCUCAAGAUCCUCGCCUUAGGGCUUGUUCUGCAUAAACACUCCUAUCUCAGGAAUAUUUGGAACAUCAUGGAUUUUUUCGUUGUAGUUACGGGAUUCAUGACACAGUACCCACAAAUAGGGCCCGAGGUAGACCUAAGAACACUUAGAGCCAUUCGUGUGCUACGGCCCUUAAAAUUAGUGUCUGGAAUUCCUAGUUUACAAGUAGUUUUAAAAUCUAUAAUCAAGGCGAUGGCACCUUUACUGCAAAUCGGUCUCUUGGUGUUGUUUGCAAUCGUAAUUUUUGCAAUCAUUGGACUCGAGUUUUAUUCGGGCGCACUGCAUAAGACUUGUUAUAGCUUAGAAGAUCCAAACAAACUAGUGAAGGAGGGCGAAUCAGAGACGCCUUGCAACACGGACAACAGCACGGAAAAGGCCACCGGCUCCUUUGUAUGCAACAACAGCACGAGCAUGUGUCUGGAGAAGUGGGAAGGACCAAAUUCAGGUAUCACGAGUUUCGAUAAUAUCGGAUUUGCCAUGUUGACCGUAUUCCAAUGUAUCACGAUGGAGGGCUGGACGUCAAUACUGUAUUGGACCAACGACGCAUUAGGUUCAGCAUUUAAUUGGAUAUAUUUCGUGCCUCUUAUAGUUAUAGGCUCAUUUUUUAUGCUCAACUUAGUUCUUGGUGUCCUUAGUGGUGAAUUCGCAAAAGAACGAGAAAAAGUAGAAAAUAGACAAGAGUUUCUUAAACUUAGAAGGCAGCAGCAACUAGAAAGAGAGUUAAACGGCUAUGUUGAAUGGAUUUGUAAAGCUGAGGAGGUAAUCCUAGCCGAGGAGCGAACCACGGAGGAGGAGAAAAUGCACAUAAUGGAGGCUCGUAGACGAAACGCUGCCAAGCGGAAAAAGCUGAAAAGCUUGGGAAAGUCCAAGUCCACAGACACAGAAGAGGAGGAAGCCGAGGAAGAUUAUGGUGACGAUGGUUACCUGAAAACUCGCUCGAAACCUCAAGGAAGCUGUACCGGAUUUUGGCGUGCUGAGAAGAGGUUUCGUUUCUGGAUCCGGCACACGGUGAAGACUCAGUGGUUCUACUGGUUCGUGAUAGUCCUCGUUUUUCUGAACACGGUCUGCGUAGCCGUCGAGCACUACGGCCAGCCCUCGUUCCUCACGGAGUUUCUCUACUAUGCUGAAUUCAUCUUCCUGGGACUCUUCAUGUCGGAAAUGUUCAUCAAGAUGUAUGCGUUGGGACCACGCAUCUACUUUGAGUCGUCGUUCAACCGAUUUGAUUGCGUUGUCAUUAGUGGUUCGAUAUUCGAAGUGAUCUGGUCCGAGGUCAAAGGCGGUUCGUUCGGUCUGUCUGUGCUGCGUGCCCUGCGAUUGCUGCGCAUCUUUAAAGUAACCAAGUACUGGUCGUCGCUGCGCAAUCUAGUCAUCUCUCUGUUGAACUCGAUGAGAUCGAUCAUCUCAUUGUUGUUCCUGCUCUUCUUGUUCAUCCUCAUAUUCGCCUUACUCGGCAUGCAGUUAUUCGGCGGCCAGUUCAAUCUGCCAGGAGGCACGCCCGAAACCAAUUUUAACACUUUCCCGAUAGCACUGUUAACCGUAUUCCAAAUCCUCACUGGCGAAGAUUGGAACGAGGUCAUGUACCAGGGCAUCAUAUCUCAGGGUGGUGCUCAGAAAGGAAUGAUUUACUCUAUAUACUUUAUCGUUUUGGUACUCUUCGGAAAUUACACGCUAUUGAAUGUGUUCUUGGCUAUCGCCGUUGAUAAUUUGGCGAAUGCCCAAGAACUAACAGCAGCCGAAGAGGAACAAGUCGAAGAGGAUAAAGAGAAACAACUGCAGGAGCUCGAGAAGGAGAUGGAGGCCCUCCAGGCGGACGGUGUCCAUGUGGAGAACGGCGACGGUGCUGUGGCCCCCACCAAGUCCAAGGGCAAGAAGAAGGAGGAGGAGAAGAAGGAGGAGGAGGAGGUGACGGAGGGUCCCAAGCCGAUGUUGCCCUACUCAUCGAUGUUUAUACUCUCACCAACCAAUCCCAUACGACGCGGAGCCCAUUGGGUUGUUAAUUUACCAUAUUUUGAUUUCUUCAUUAUGGUUGUCAUCUCAAUGUCAUCAAUAGCAUUAGCAGCCGAAGAUCCCGUUCGUGAGAACUCAAGGCGAAACAAGAUAUUGAACUAUUUCGAUUAUGCAUUUACCGGCGUAUUCACGAUAGAAAUGUUGCUGAAAAUUGUAGACUUGGGUGUGAUCCUGCACCCUGGCAGCUAUUUAAGAGAAUUCUGGAAUAUUAUGGAUGCUGUGGUCGUUAUAUGCGCUGCUGUUAGUUUCGGUUUCGAUAUGAGCGGUAGCAGCGCUGGACAAAAUUUAUCGACUAUUAAAUCGCUUCGGGUAUUGCGUGUCCUACGCCCAUUGAAGACCAUUAAGCGUGUACCAAAAUUGAAAGCCGUGUUCGAUUGCGUCGUGAACUCAUUGAAAAAUGUUGUUAACAUUCUAAUCGUGUACAUAUUGUUUCAAUUUAUAUUUUCUGUUAUUGGAGUACAAUUGUUCAAUGGAAAAUUUUUUUAUUGUACGGACGAAAGUAAACAUACUUCCGCAGAGUGCCAGGGCUCGUACUUUAAGUACGAGGAGGACGAGCUGCUGCCAAGACAGGAACUGAGGGUCUGGAAGCCUCGGGCCUUCCACUACGACAAUGUGGCCGCCGCGAUGCUGACACUUUUCGCCGUUCAGACCGGCGAGGGAUGGCCACAGGUCUUGCAACACUCAAUGGCUGCCACUUAUGAAGAUAGGGGUCCAAUCCAAAAUUUCCGGAUCGAAAUGUCCAUAUUUUAUAUUGUGUAUUUUAUUGUAUUUCCGUUCUUCUUCGUCAACAUAUUCGUGGCCUUGAUUAUUAUUACGUUUCAAGAGCAAGGCGAAGCUGAGUUACAAGAUGGCGAAAUUGACAAAAAUCAGAAAUCCUGCAUCGAUUUUACUAUAGGAGCACGUCCUCUCGAACGCUAUAUGCCCAAGAAUCGGAACACCUUCAAGUAUAAAGUGUGGCGAAUUGUGGUGUCAACACCUUUCGAGUACUUCAUUAUGAUGUUGAUCGUAUUCAAUACCCUUUUGUUAAUGAUGAAGUAUCAUAAUCAGGGAGACAUGUACGAAAAGUCAUUGAGGUAUAUCAACAUGGGAUUCACUGGAAUGUUUAGUGUAGAAACUGUGCUCAAAAUCAUUGGAUUCGGUGUUAAGAAUUUCUUCAAGGACCCCUGGAACAUAUUCGAUCUAAUCACCGUUCUGGGCAGUAUUGUGGAUGCCCUUUGGAUGGAAUUCGGGUCGAACUCAAUCAACGUCGGCUUCCUGCGUUUAUUUCGUGCGGCGCGCCUUAUCAAGUUACUUCGUCAAGGAUACACAAUACGAAUUCUUCUAUGGACCUUUGUACAAUCAUUUAAAGCUCUUCCCUAUGUCUGUUUGCUUAUAGCCAUGCUAUUUUUUAUAUACGCCAUUAUCGGCAUGCAGGUGUUCGGGAAUAUCAAACUAGGUACGGUGGAAAAUACCAUUACUAGACACAACAACUUCCAAUCAUUUAUUCAAGGCGUCAUGUUGCUAUUCAGGUGUGCAACGGGCGAGGCCUGGCCAAACAUAAUGCUGGCCUGUCUGAAGGGCAAGGCCUGCGACGAGGACGCCGAGAAGGCACCUGGAGAGUACUGCGGAUCCACACUGGCCUACGCCUACUUCGUAUCGUUUAUAUUCUUCUGCUCCUUCCUCAUGCUGAAUCUGUUCGUCGCCGUCAUCAUGGAUAAUUUUGAUUAUCUCACGCGGGACUCCAGCAUCUUGGGUGCUCAUCACUUAGACGAAUUUGUGCGCAUAUGGGCGGAAUAUGAUCCAAAUGCGACUGGAAAAAUACACUACACGGAAAUGUACGACAUGCUGAAGAAUAUGGAUCCACCGUUGGGAUUUGGAAACAAGUGUCCCAAUCGACUGGCCUACAAGAAACUAAUACGAAUGAAUAUGCCCCUGGACGACGAGCUGAGAGUUCAGUUCACCACAACGUUAUUUGCUUUGAUUCGGGAGAAUCUCAGUAUUAAAAUGCGAGCGCCUGAGGAGAUGGACCAGGCGGACAUGGAGCUCCGGGAGACGAUCACAAACAUCUGGCCAUUACAGGCGAAGAAGAUGCUGAACCUGCUGGUGCCGCCGAGCGAUCAGCUCAACAAGGGCAAGCUCUCAGUGGGUAAAAUCUAUGCAGGUUUCCUCAUCCUGGAGUCCUGGCGCAGCACGCGGUUCGGCCAGCUCGAUUCGGGAAUGCCGCGGAAGAAGCCGGAAGACGAUGAUGCGCAUAAAUAUAGCCCAACGGCAGUCGAGGAGCCGAUGCUGGAGCUACAGGACGCAUCGAGACAUCCCUCGCAAGAAUCACUUACCGGUGCCGAUGCUGGCCAUCUACAUCCUGGACAUUCGUACAUGAAUGGCCACCGGCGAUCGCCUAGCUUGAGGCACAACGGCUCGCCACUGGCCAGAUCUCCAAGUCCUCGACGGCGUGGCCAUCAAUACAUACAUCAUGAUAUCGGGUUCUCCGAUACCGUAUCUAAUGUUGUAGAGAUGGUCAAGGAGACUCGUCAUCCUAGGCAUGGCAACAGUCAUCCGCGGUAUCCAAGAGGUUCAUGGUCAGCAUCGACAAGUCCGGCCCGUUCGCCUUCGCCUUCUCGAUAUGGUGGUCAUUUGUCUCGCAGUAAACGCACUCAACUGCCUUAUCCCACAUAUGGGACAACCAGUCUAUGUCAAAGAUCACGAUCGCCGAGUCCCGCUAGACUUCAGGAGAUGCGUGAACGAGACAGACUUGGUUAUGGGAUUGAUAUGGGUGUAACGCAUGUGCAGCACAGUUACCCAACUCUGGCCUCUCGAAGAGCCGGAAUCGGUAGACGGUUGCCACCGACUCCAAGCAAACCGUCAACGCUACAGCUCAAGCCAACCAAUAUCAAUUUUCCCAAGCUGAAUGCGAGUCCCACACACACACACCACUCAACGCCCCACAGUGUUCACUCGCUGCCACACCACCGCGACCUGCUGCGGGAUCCAAGGGACAUGUACUAUAGUAGUAGGGAACGCGAGCGGGAUCGCGAACGCCUUAGGGAUCGGGAUCGUGAAAGGGAUCGCGAUCGGCUGCACGAGUACGACCUGCGCUACGAGUACAGGGAUCGGGAGCGGGAGUUGUACGAGCGCGAAAGAGAUCGCGAGCGGGAGGUCGAAAGAGAAAGACUGGAAUAUAUAGCACCGCUGUCGUUCGAACAAGCGCUGGCUAUGGGCCGAACAGGUCGUGUACUGCCAUCUCCAGUUCUAAACGGUUUUAAGCCAAAGAGCGGUCUGAACCCUCGACACUCCGAUUCGGAUGAGGAGGACUGGUGCUAGCAAAGGCUUUGAUUGCGAUCGCGUAAUCGAAAGGAUCAGAUCUGGGUAUAGCAUCAGGCCAUAUGCUCCUCUUUGUCAGCACCAAAUUUAGAUCACAAUUUUGAUACGAUACGACACAGAUACCAGCCGCCCGACCAUCAGCAAACCCAUCCACAUGCACACCCAAAGCCACAGCCACGGCCACAGCCUCACCCACAUAGUGAUCAACACGUACACGUACACGUACACCGAAGGUGUGACACGAAUGUAUCGACACCGAAACUAGGAACAACUAUAUCUGAUAUCAAAUUGGCUGGAGUAAGCUUACAGGAAUUAAACCCAAAUCGACAACCGCAAUCGCAACAGAAGCAGGAGCUGGAUCAUCAAGACGGGCGACUUGAGUGGCUCAGGUGGUGCCGUUUGGGGCCAUAUCCCCAAUCCCCGGUGAUGGCAUCACUGCCCGAAACCAGAGCAACAUCGCCCCAAUCCGAUAUUGGAUACAUCAGAAGUAUGAAUCUAAGGAGAAAAGAAACCAAAACCGAAAGCGAAACCGGAACCGGAACAAUUGCAAUAACACCAAGGACAACUAAAACUGAAGCAAUGAUAUUAAGCGUACCAAUUUCAAUAACGUCCCCAUUAGCUAUUAAAAAGAUAUAUUCAGAUAACGACAUUAAUUAUAAUACCGAACGAGAUGAUGAUAAUGCUGAGGGCAGAGUGGAGGAUGGAGCAGCAGCAGCAGCAGCAGCACAUCGUUAUCACCAGCCAGAACUAACCACACCAGAUCUACAACACGAGCCACCACUGCAGCAGGAUCACCAGCACUAUCCGCAGUAUUCGUAUCAUACGCUUUAAGGAGUAUAGGAUCAAGAACCAGAAUCCAUAAUUCAGAAUCCAGACUCCAGACUCCAGAGUCCAGAAUCCAGAAUCCAUAAUCCAGAUCCACUGAAAGUGCAACUUUAAUUGAAACUGAAACAGAAACGGAAACGAGGUGUAAAGAAUGUGAGAGUUAGAUUCUAUUCCAAAGGAGUGUUCCCGGAGUAGGGAGACGGAGAUAUGUAAACAGAUUAGAUCUACUAUUUGCCUAGAAAUAAAAGUAGAACACUUAUUGUUAGAUAUGAAUAUGAUCAAGUGUAUUGUACUUUUUUUCUAAUGUAAGGACAAGCCUAGACGAAGAGCACAUCAAAAUGAAACCAAUGAUAGCAGAACUCCUUCAAGCAGAACACACACAGAUCCGAUCUAGGUAUAAGUGCAUAGGAAAUAUAAAUUGUAGGUACUCGCAUACAUUGUAAGUUAUAUAGGACAUAGCUCGAGGAAUCAGUAAUCUGCAAGCGUUUUUGUCUUGUUUGUAUUUAAAGUUAGUAACUGACUUAUGUGUAUCUAAAUGCGACAUUUUAUUUAUUCUAUGUACAUACCAGAUACCAGAUAAUUGUAGAUAUCAAAUUUUUGUAUGUAAUAAAUUUACCUACGACUACCAACUAUUAUAAAUACCUUCGACCGAACGAACCCGAUAGCAAAUGUUGGCUAUAAUAGCAACAAAUAAGCGCAUUUUAGUCCCCUACGAUUUUUUAUUAUUCCGUUAUGUAUAUGUAUACCCGAGCGAAUAUUUUGUUUGUCGACUUAUAGAACUCCAGAAAACAAACACGUAAUGAAUUCAAACACAAGACCCAACUACAACCAAGUAACUCAAUUAUGACCAAGUGUGUAUCUGUAAAAUUAGCAUUAUCCCAUGGCAUGUGUGUGUGUGUACAGACUUUAGGAAUUUAUACGAAAGCUUCUUGGACACAUUUCUUCAUGGGGAAGUGUUCUCUUCUCUGUACUCCUGAUUCGAAGAAAGGUUUAUGCUUCUGUUAAUGUAUUUUCGAAAGUGUUUCGUAUGCUGAAAUUAGCUCCACUCAGACUUUCCGAUCUGUUGAACAAAUCGAUGUCCAUUUGUAUCUAUAAUUAAAGAUCGAAAGCAUUGUUUUUACAAUCGAGCAUCUCCGACAUAAACAUGUGUAGAUAUAAUGCAUACACCUCCGGCUCCCCAUACUCGAAUAGAAUGUGAAUAAUGUGUAAAAAUCCAGAGCUCAUGGCACAUCAAACGUAAUAUAUUCAAAUAUACAAGUAUAUAGUAUGCAUGCACACAGCCCCUCCAACUCACUAGAGAAAAUGCAGACAUCAUGUGUAUAGAUAGACGAAUCGUACAUGUUGGACGACGGGAUAUCGAAGAGCGCACAAUAAUUGUAAUUUAAUGAAAUGAAUCCAUAACUUAAGUAAAUAAUUAUAGCAGCUGAGCAGUAAUGCGAAUUUACACAGCAAAUGAACUUACCAUUACGAUUAUGACGAUGACUAGUGCCGUAGAUUGCAUACGAAGGUAGAAGAACAUUUAGCAAACGAAGUAAACCGAGAAUCACUAACUCUAAACUAACUUAACUGGGCUGACUUCAGCUAUGUACGAUACUAAAAAUAUACUGAGCAAUACUGAAUAGGGAAAACGACUAACCUAGAAGCGAUAAACCAAAAUAUACACUUAAAAAAUGGCCAAAAUCGCCAUUGAAUUAAAGAAUUCGCCAUUAGAAUAAACCAAUAACUCUGCCAUUAUUAAACAAAUUCAUUUAUUAUAAAGAGUUUAUGAAGUUGUUUUUCUAAAUUAGAUAGAAUUUAUUUUUCUCUCAAAGUUUUCUUUUUUUCCUUGGUUAGGUCUAAAAAUAGGAAGACCAUUGUAAAUAUAUAUUACAAUUUACUUGGUAAAAAACUGAAUCAUUUUUAAAAGUUAUUAUUUUUAAUUUAAAGUUGUUAUUUAAUUUGAUGGCGAUUUUCUGAAAGCUAGAAAAAUAUUUCGAGUGCGAGAAAGGAAACCGAGAAGCGUAUUCUUCUUUAAUUAUAACAGACUAUUUACGGACGGCGACAAACAUACAUGCAAGAUAUAUACACACGCCUACAUAGGUAAAUAUACAAUAGUUAAUAACUAGACUCGAAUAAAAAAUUCCAUCGCUUAGGGAAACCAAAGAAUCGCCGAUAUAGAAAUUCACACUCCAAUUAAUUGUAAACACACAGCGCAUUACCGAGUGCUGUUGCACGUUGAAUUUCCGAGGUUCACUUUUGACUACUUCCAGUAAAAAUUUGCCCGAGGUGGCGAAUGUUUCAAGUCCUCAGUCUUAGGCUAAGCUCCGAUUUUUGACCUUCGUUUGCACUGCUUGCUUGAACAUUAAACAUUCCAAUUCGAAUUAUUACUAGCGAUAUCCUCACACAAGUAGAGUUCUUGGAAGGGCAGCUUAGGGCUCAUUAGCUCAAUUACUACUACUGAAUCAUUGCCCCGAUGCCAAAACUAAAAAAUAAAAAUAAAUAAAAAAUAAAUAAAAGAAAAGAAAAAUGAAAAAAAAAACCACAAAAACCAAAGGGAAACGAAAACAAAACCAAAAAAUAGAAAUGAGUACAAAGUAUGAAGAUAGUUUACUAAUGUCCUUUCGAUAUUAGAUGUUUAUCCAAUCCAUCAUUGCCUCUAGAGGAACCAUUUAGUUAGCUAAUUAUUGGCCUACUUGACCAUUUCCAUUCGAUUCGCUUUGAAUGCACACGACCUUCGCUUCGUCCUUCGAUUAGGCCCUCUGACCCACUCUACUCCUACUUGUACAUUCCCACAUACCUAUAUGGUUAGUUGGUUAGGUGCCAAGUGCAGGGAUCGACAUAAACACCUUUUUCUGGGGGAAGAACAAUUCGGCCACCACGUCCCGCCAUUUAAAACCAAGUAACAAUAAUAUAGUAACACGACAGUGCUGCAAUCGAUUGUUCUUCCAGAUCCUUGCAUUCCUCCCUCACAUGGAACUAUCAUAGAUAGCAUGGUCCGAAUAUUUUUCAAUACUCCGCACUUGGAUUCAGAUCUACAUGCUUGAAGGCUCGGUGCAAGUUCAUUAUAUUCUCGAGCUGGGUAAACGCAACCAUGAUGAAGUGCACACAAGGCUGCUGCCGAGCCAAUCCCCAAAAGGGUGACCCCAAUUGGGUGACCCCGAACGGUCCGCUGCCUGUGUUCCCUGUCUCAUGUCGUAGGUGGCUUACUUUUUUUAAAAAACACUACACAUUUACCCCCGAACUUUGCGAUUCGAUUGUAUAUUUUGUUAUUUGUUUACUGUCUGGUGUGAACGGUAACAUGAAAAAUAAACAAUAUAAAAUACAUAUUUGUAAGUAGAUCUGACUUUUUUUUACAAAGCAACCGAAAUGUAGGAUGAGCGAGGAGAUAAUAUGCGAAUAGGAAAGGAAAUUAAUGAUAAAAAAUUAGUUUAAAUUUAGAACAAUGUAACUGUUACGGCUAAAAUGUAAUGAUAAUACAUAUACAUAAAUAUAUAAAGAGGAAAGGAUUAAUAUAUAAAUAUCUUAAUUUAAUAUACUAAGUGAGUAAACCAGUUAAAAUAAUUACUAAGAUACGCUAGAGAUAAUUAAACUACAUUUAAUAAUUAUGUAAUUAUAAAGAUGACUCGUAAUUUAUAUACAAGAUAUACAUACAUAAACAUAUAAUAACAUAAAUACCUGCCUUCAACAAAUUUGUUAAUAAAACUAUUAAUACUUUCUUAUUUUACAUAAAGUAAAGGAAUACCAUAAUAAAAAACAUGAGAAAAUAAAUGUCAGAAAAAUGCCACAAAAAUUGCA